AUGUCGCUCGAAGCUACGAUGAUCAUCGUUGAUAACAGCGAAAGUAGCAGAAACGGUGACUACACUUCGACACGAUGGCAAGCUCAGAUCGACGCCGUCAGCGUCAUCCACACCGCCAAGAUGCGCGUACAUCCUCAAUCGGCUGUGGGACUAAUGAGUAUGGGUGGCAAAGGUCCCGAGGUCUUGUCUACAUUCACUACCGAUUUUGGCGGGAUUCUGGCUGGUCUGCACCGCACGAAGAUCCAUGGCACUGCCCAUCUUAGCUCAAGUAUACAGGUGGCGGGUCUUGCCCUGAAGCACCGUUCCGAAAAGUCCCAAAGACAGCGCAUCAUCGUGUUCUCCUGCUCCCCGAUCGAGGAAGACGAGAAGACCCUGGUGAAACUCGCAAAGAAGAUGAAGAAGAACAACAUUUCGAUUGAUGUGAUUGCCUUUGGGGACCUGGAAUCCGACCAGACCAAGAAACUGGAAGCGUUUGUCGAAAAUGUUAAAGGUGGCGACGGAUCCAACCUAGCGAUCAUCCCACCCGGACCGAGCUUGCUUAGUGAGGAGCUCCAGGCCACGCCUAUUCUAGGCGGGGAUGGCGCAGGAGCUGGUGGUAUGGGCGGAGACAGCGGGGAUGUUGGCGGUUUCGGACUGGACGAUGCGGCGGAGAAUGACCCGGAGCUAGCAUUUGCUUUGCGUCUAUCACUAGAAGAAGAGAAAAACCGACAGGAGAAGGAGAAGCGCGAGCUUGAGGAGCAAGAGCGGAAGGUGAACCUCGAAGGGAUCCCCGAGGAGGGACAACCAUCUGGCGAGUCCAGCGGGGCCCAAGACAAGAAGGAGGAUCCGGACAAGAUGGACACUGCGUAAUGAAGGAGAAACCGAGUAUUCCGUUAUUUUUCACGAGGAUGGACCAUUUUGAUGCAUACCCGGCGUUGCGAUUGUAAUAUGAUGAUUCCGUGUAAUUCUAGUAGAAGGGGAUCUAACCCGGGGGACGCUUUGAAAGAAAGAAUCAAUCUUUUGGAGCGAGUGUCUACGAAAGCACCAAGCUCAUUAAUUACAUAUAAAAAUCCUAAAUAAU